AUGUCACUAGGAGAAGCAGACGCCAAGUUCCCUGGUCAAGGUGGAAACGGCUUGCCACCACCCAAGACAGCCGAGAACCCAGGACAGGUGUAUCCCAAAUCGGACCCUCAAAUUGCACCAUCGUCUACCCACUACGACCGCCCUCUCCCCUCCUCCGAGCCCACUCAUGCGGGACCCCCACCUCCAGAGCCAAGCAAGACCACCUCUGCAGUGCCUGGAACCGGGGGAGCUGUUGGGACAGGGAGGAUGAUUGUGAAGGACGCGCUGGAGGAGGCGGAGAACCCAGCGGUGGACCAGGAGAGAGGAGGGGGGUUCCAGAAUGAAUAA